AUGGUCAAAAGAUUCUUCAAUCUUUAUCAUUUUUCUUUUUCUGAACUCUCCUACGAUUGGCACCCUUUUGGGUUUACUAAUUUUUGUUUUUACCCUUUGUUUCAGGAACCAUGGCUAAUGGGAUUUGUUGGAUUCCAUGUUGUGUUGCUGCUUGUAGUUAUCAUCUCUAGAAAGAAGACGAACUUUCAAAUGUUUUUAUUCCUUUUGACAUUGGUUGGUGUAUAUCUUGCUGAGCGUCUGAACAGAAUUAUGGGUAAAAACUGGAAAAGCUUCUCUGGUCAGAACUACUUUGAUCCCAGUGGGCUAUUUAUGUCAGUUCUUUGGUCAGGACCUCUUCUUAUCAUUUCUAUGAUAAUCUUGAUCAAUACACUCUUCUCCUUAUGCUACUUGAUUGUUAGGUGGAAAAGAGCUGAACUCAGAAAUCGUGCGAGGGCUGCUCGUAACAAACAAGAGUAGUUCAUGC